CUAGUUAGCCGCUUGUGCUGCAGAGAAAAAAGUUGCUAAAAGUUAGUUGAGUGCUAUUAGACGGCGGCGUCGGAAGUUUGGCUAGAAAAACAAUUAAAACAAAAACAUUACGCGAAACUUAAACGAAUAAAUCUGCGCAGUUCUAACGAGUCCGUUUGGCGACUGUUAAGCCGCGUGCCGAAGUGAGCGGAAGCGUAGCCUAAGAGCUAGACGGGUGCACAAAGGAAUUGGAAAUUUGUGAAAACAAAAAAAAAAAAAUUAAGCAAAUUUAACGGAAUUUAUGUUAACGUGGUGUGAAAAGAAAAUCAAAUUGUGCAGCGUUGCCAUAUGCCUUUAAUAAAGUUGAUGAAGUGAAAAUUUGGAUUAUGUUGAAACAUUUCUGCUCAAAAAAAAACAACAAUAAAAUGAAAUAAUAAUAAAUUAUUAAUUUUUUUUUGCAAUUUCCUAUAAAUAAAAUCGAGAACAAAAACAAUAGCAAAGAAAACAAACGAAGCAGCAGCGGUGAAAUGAAAAUAAAAAUCUACAUGGGAAGCACUAAGGAAACGACAUAAAAGUAAACAAAAGAUAAGAGCCUUUUCACCAGCUCGAGUAACUGAACGUGCCUGCCAAGAGAGCGCGGGAUUGUGAUGAGCCGAACUGAAGGCCAUAGACACACACACAUCGAUAUGUACUAAUGCGAUGAACCGAGAACGACAAUGCGGUUAAGGUCAACACAGUAAAAGCGCAAAAGAAAGGAAUAAAUAAAAGUGGAAGGCAACAAAACCAACUAGUGCAUAACGGUGAAACGGCAAUAAAUACAAAUGAAAAGCGUAAGCGAAGAAGCAGAGCAUAGACAGAGAGAUAGUCCUCGCAGUUUGUGAUUUCCGCGCAUAUUUUUUGCGAACACUUGCGAAAGCAACGGUAAAAGACGCACGAAGAAGCAUACGAAUCGGCAAGAAAAACAAAAAAGUGAGAAGCGAAAAUAUUAUGCUGGUGUGAAAGAAAAGUUGAAUGAGAGAGCAGCGCAAGGUAAAUACAGCUAAUGUCAUUGACGUGGAAAACUGCAAACGUAAACAAAAUUUUAAGUGCGACGCUAAAGUUUUAGUGGCCAGGUGAAGCGAAGCGAGCAACGAGCGGAAGGAAGAAAGCGUAAAGGAGCACAAUAGUAACAGGAAGAAACGUUGAAUAAAAAAAAAUUUAAGAAAAAUAUCAAAGCUAAAACACAAAAAAAAAAAUUCUAGCAAAAUAUCAAAGCUAAAAGCUGGCAAAAAUUUGCAAAAUUUGUUUAUAAAAAAAUUAAAUAAAUUAUUUAUAAAAAAUAAAAUAAAUUAUUUCUAAAAAAUAAAAAAAAAAUAUUUCUAAAAAAUAAAAAAAAAAAUUAUAAAAAAAAUUUUAAACGGGAAUUGAAACAAACCUACGCUACAACCCAGUAAAAGCGUGCCGCACCAUAUUUUAUAUUUUUCCUAAAAAAAGUAAUCAGCAAAACAUAUCAAUAGCAUUUAAAUAAAGAAAUAAAAAUUUUGAAGCAUAUCUGCAGGCGCAAGCGUCUAUAAUAACUGGCAGUAAAAGCACAGAACGCUGCUUCAACUAAGAAAAGUAGAAAUCACAAAACUGAAAGGAGAAAAGGAAUCACAACGACAAUAACAACUAACAUUAACGCAUUUACUCAGCCAAACAACGACGCUGACGCCCAAGGGUAUGCUAACAAAUUGCGCAAAUAAAUAAACACACAUACACAAGCAGCCAUAUGUAACGCAGCAAGUCGCUAGGUAAACGAAAAUCGGCGCUACGCAAUCAGCUAAAGCGACAAAGCAUAAAUUACAACUAAUUGAGGCAUACAUUUAGGCGCAUAAUAAACAAAUCUCAGCACAGCACUAGCGCAGUGACGUGACGCGCAGGCACACAACGCAAAUAACUCAUCUUUACUGCAAAAGUAGAGCAACCAACAGCGCAGGCGUGUGAAUGCAAGAGUGUGGCAACCAUAGCGUCCAUGCAUUUAGAUGAAAUAUUGGCAAUAGUGACGCGUAAAACAUUGAAAAGCAACAACUACUAGUCAACGGCGCAUAGCGCACACACCGCACUACACAAACACAAACAAAACGCGCAAAUAAAGUUAGACGCAACGCACACAAGCACACGAAAUGGCGUUCAUUUGGCGGCGACGCUCAGCGUCCAUUGUGAAAAUCGUGGCCGUACUCACCGCCAUCUGGUUCACAGUGGCGUUCUUCAUCUACCACGAUGAUGCGGCACAAGGCAGCGGCAGCAACAAAUGGAACGGCAUGUCACUGGCGCUGAAAAGUGUCGCCGGUGGUGGUGGCGGCGGCGGUGCGGCCCCUAACGCGCUCGACGCUGAGCAGGGCAUUUAUGAAGCCGGUGGCGGUUUCGGCGUUGAACGUGGCGGCGUGGCAGCGGACGAUGGUGGCGCCUACGUGGAGGGUGGUCGACGCGAACAGCGACGCGGUGUGGGCGAUGUGCCGCCACUCGAGCACAAUCAGCUGCUGGCAAAUGAAGAUAUUGCCCAACGGGCGGCGGCUGGUGACGAUGCAGCCGACGCGAUUGUGGGCAAUUUCGCGCCAGACCUUAAUGUGGGCGAUGAAUCAGUGCAGAAUAAUGUGGUGGUGGCGGCGCAACCAAACGAACACGUCUAUCGUGGCAAAUUGAUUGCAGGCAAUAAACCCAGCAGGAGCGCCAACAAAAAGGUGCCCGAAGAUGAUGACAAAGGCGUACUCGUACCGCCAUCUCCGCCGAAGGAUGCGCCCGGUGAAAUGGGUAAACCCGUUGUUUUACCUACCAAUAUGACUGUGGAAAUGAAGAAGGCCGUCGAUGAUGGCUGGACGAAUAAUGCAUUUAAUCAAUAUGUAUCCGAUAUGAUAUCUGUGCAUCGAACAUUGCCAGAUCCACGAGAUGCAUGGUGCAAGGAGCCAAAUCGCUAUUUGGAAAAUCUGCCCGCCACCGAUGUCAUCAUCUGCUUCCACAAUGAGGCGUGGUCGGUGCUGUUGCGUACAGUGCACUCCGUGUUGGAUCGCUCGCCGCCGCAUUUGAUCAACGAAAUUAUACUGGUCGACGAUUUCUCCGAUAUGCCACACACCAAGCAACAGCUGGAAGACUACUUCAGCGCCUAUCCGAAGGUGAAGAUAUUGCGCGCCCCCAGCCGCGAGGGUCUGAUACGAGCGCGUCUGCUGGGCGCACGCCACGCCACCGCGCCGGUGAUAACGUACUUGGAUUCGCAUUGCGAGUGCACCGAAGGCUGGCUUGAGCCACUGCUCGAUCGCAUCGCUCGCAACAGCACCACUGUGGUGUGUCCGGUCAUCGAUGUCAUUGAUGAUACAACAUUGGAAUUCCACUACCGUGACUCAGGCGGCGUAAAUGUGGGCGGUUUUGAUUGGAAUUUACAAUUUAAUUGGCAUGCAGUGCCGGAACGUGAACGCAAGCGACACAAGAACUCCGCUGAACCGGUGUACUCACCCACUAUGGCUGGCGGUCUGUUCUCCAUAGAUCGUAAAUUCUUCGAACGUCUUGGCACGUAUGAUUCUGGUUUCGAUAUUUGGGGUGGUGAGAAUUUGGAAUUAUCUUUUAAAACAUGGAUGUGUGGUGGCACACUGGAGAUUAUACCAUGCUCACAUGUGGGGCAUAUAUUCCGCAAGCGUUCACCAUAUAAGUGGCGCUCUGGUGUGAAUGUGCUGAAGAAGAACUCGGUGCGUUUGGCUGAAGUCUGGCUAGAUGACUAUGCGAAAUACUAUUACCAGCGCAUUGGACAGGACAAGGGUGACUAUGGCGAUGUGAGCGGACGUAAAGAGCUCAGACGCAAUCUUGGCUGCCAGAGCUUCAAAUGGUACCUGGACAAUGUCUACCCAGAACUCUUCAUACCCGGCGAUUCAGUGGCGAAUGGCGAGAUAAGAAAUCUAGGCGUUGGCGGUCGCACAUGCUUGGACUCCCCGGCGGGCAAGCGGAACUUGAAGAAGCCAGUCGGUCUAUAUCCCUGCCACAGGCAAGGCGGCAAUCAGUAUUGGAUGCUGAGCAAAGGCGGUGAAAUACGACGCGAUGAGGCCUGUCUCGAUUAUGCUGGCAACGAUGUGGUUCUGUAUCCAUGUCACGGCUCCAAAGGAAAUCAGUUCUGGAAGUAUAAUCAGCAGAAGCGUCAAAUACGACACGGUUCAUCAGACAAGUGUCUGGCCAUAUCGGAGAAGAAGGACAAAGUGGUCAUGGAGGAGUGUGAUUCGAAUCAAUUGCGACAACAAUGGAAGCUCGAAAAUUACGAUCCAUCGAAAUUGUGAGGUUACUUUUAUGCCAACGGCACAGUUUUAUUGCCGACGCACAAGCGACGAAAAUAGCAUAAAUUACGCACAGGAAAUGCACAACAAAAACAGCAGCAGCAACAGCAACAGCAACAACAAGAAAUGAAACUGAAGCACAACCAACAACAACACGGAUAUAUAGAACAUAAAGCGUCACAACAAAUGAGAUACGGAAGUGGCGGACAAGGACAACAGCAGCAGCGAAAGCUACAAAAACAACAACAGCAACGACAGCAACAUAAAUUGCAGCAAGCAACUGAAGUGGCGCAACUGGCGAGAGAACGCUUCAAGCAACAGCAGCAACAGCAACAAAAACAACAGCAGCAGCAACAUAAACAACAACAACAAUACAGGCAGAAACAGCCCAUUACAGCAGCUGAAGUACAAUAUGGCCACAAUUAUCCCUGGCUGUAAUGUGAGGCGGCACUUACACACACACACACACACACAUAAAUAGUACAGCGCAUCGUCACUCAUAAGCCGUGGCCAACAGUCCGGCUGCAUAUGUAAAUAUUAUAUAAAUUUAUAACCAUUUGUACUUAUAGUCGCUUGCAUGCAAGCUGUUGUCGAGCAUUUCCAGGUAGCAGGAUGUUGUAGCAGAAGUACUUACACACACACACACAUACAUAGAUACAAUCAUAUAAUCGUUAAGCUUCCGUUCGUGUUGAAAAAUGUAUAACUUCACAUACAUAUACACACACACUUUUGUGCAUUUACGCAAACCAACUUAAAUGGCGAGAAACAAAGGACGACUGUUGUACAGUAACAUUAAGUGUAAAGUAAGACUAAAGUAGGAAAUAAAAAUAAGAAAAAUGAUAAGCGAAAAACAUAUUGUAAUAUAAAA